UGUAAUGAAAGAAACGUUAAGUCCAAAUCAAAUUCAUUGCAUCGGUGUUUAAAGAUAGACGAAGCCGAAUGGAUGAAUUGUCUCCGAGUUGGGUCACGGACAAGCCAGUUUUCAUUGUCGUUACCUCGGGCUGUACGUCAUAUUAUUAAGUUGUACAAUGAUCAUCUUAUACAUAUGUAAAUGACGCUGUGUUGUGGCGAUCUCGGUUCACGUCUCGCAACAACUGAUGACCGCCAUCGAACAUUGUGCUCUCUACCGCUGACAGAGAAGAAAGGGUCACUAACGAGGGUAGUCAUUAGGAUAGCCACCGUACGAUCCACUGCUACCCACCACAGCAUGAAUAUCGUCGUGAUUUCAGCAUUUCUCUUAGUGUGGCUUGUAUGUGUUGUUGACGGUGAAGAGCCGGUUAAAUAUGACAUGCCGGGCGAGCAAUGUACCUUCAUCAGUACCACCAGUGACCAAUACAGGGUUGUCACGGUAGUAGACGAAAAUGGCAACUAUGAGAGCAACGUUUCGUGUAAAAUUUCAUUUCGAACUGACGAGAGUAAAAAAUUCUUUCUGCGCGUGACAAGAAUGGACAUGGAAUUCUCUAACCAAUGUGUGAAUGAUUCGUUGCGUAUAUACGAUGGCACCUUGGAUAACGACAGGUCACUGACCGGUACUGCAUACGGAAUAUGCGGGCGUUCAUUAUCGUUACCAAACUAUUUCCAUUCUACCGGAAACGCUGUAAGCGUCCAGUUUGUGACGGAUAAUGCUAACAAUAACGGAGAAGGCUUCGACAUCUUAGUUACGGCGUAUAAACCAGUGGGCAGUACAGAAGAGUGUGAAGAUGUGGAUGGGUUCCUAUGUCUUGAUGGCAGCAAGUGUAUGAGCAAAAAUGUAUACUGCAAUGGCCAUUCCCAAUGUUCAGAAGGCAGCGAUGAACCGACCACUUGCAGCAACGUCUCGGGUCGUGCCAGUAUCAGCUCGUUUCUUCUCGCUUUCACUGUAUCUAUGACGACUAUUCUGUUUGCGUCUACUAAACAUAUGACACAUUCACAAUGAGAACACCAUUUAACCGCCCAUCUUGCCAAGCUGUUUCCAUGUGAACAAAGCGAAGGAAGCUUGAAAUCAAAACUCUUUUUAUCAAGUAUCUAUAAUCGCAAUAUGUGUACUUGUAUAAAACAGAAGACAUCUCUAGAUCACGUACAUUAAAACACGUGUUAAUAAAUCCUGCCAACGGUGACGUCGACAACGCUUGUAUGGGUGCACCCGCCAUCUACAAAUGCCGCGUUUCUUUCAGUUUCCGCCAUUUUAGUACAUGUAAUCAUCAUUUUUUUUAGCUCCAUGAUGUAAUUGACUAGCCUUGGUCAUACCGAAACAUCUAUUGGUGUCCCCUGGUAUAGACAGACACCGAAUGAUAAACUAUUCGCGGGAUGGAUAUCACGAGAUACCUGACGAUGUUCCUGAAAUAGCGCCCUGAACUUUAUAAUACCAAUUCUUCCAUCAACAACCGCAUAGCACAUUUAUGUAGAUCUAAUUAGUGGUUCGAGACCUGAAAUACUUAUUCGUUUAUAACCGUGAUUCAACCACAUUUAACACAAUCUCACAGUUCAUAGAUUUAGCGUUUAUUUUGCAUGCGUGUUUUCUUGCCAUUAACUUCAACGGAUUUGCAUAGAACAUUACUUGCAGUGUACGUACACUGUACACUGUUAAACAUAUUUUGAUUGUUUUAAUGCAUAUCGAUAAUGAACCAUGUAUAAAGCGGGAGGGUCCUCACCUGCGCACGCGCGGGAAUUGAGGCCCAAGCGACGAUAACAACACACGCUAAAAACGCAAAAGCUCAUGGGUAGACGAUUGUUUUAUAAACAAUGACACGCUAUGAUAAUCUGACGCAUGCGCAGGUGACGACUCCCCCGCUUUAAUGUUUGUAUUUUUUUUAAAUGUGUUCAAACAGGGAAACGAUAUUGUUAUGGAAUAAAUGUAUUUGUUAUAUUUUA